AUGGUUUCUUCUUCCGACACAGGAGUAUCCGACACAGUGGACCCCAUGGCGAUUGUGUCAGACGAUGAGAUACCAUCAGAGGGAGACGUGUAUAUGUCAGACACCACGAGUAUAGAUGACGACGAUUUUCAGCCUUUCGCUCUGCCAGACAUCGGAGUUGAGGUUCAGCCUGCUGAUGGCAUUCCUGCUGGGGAUCUACCUCUUGCGGUGAUCCCUACUCCCGUUCUGCUUGCAGCUUUCCCCGUGGCGGAUGCGCCACUCGAUGUCGUAUCUGAUGACGACAUUGAUCUGUUCGAGGAGGGUCCCCCUGAGUACGACUAUGAGGGCGGGGCUCCGAUUGAUGUUGAUGUUAUCCUUCCUAUUUCUGAGGCCCCUGUAGAGGAGCCACCUCUUGGUUCACCUGUUCCAGACUCAUUGGAGUCUGUGGCAUCCGCGUCUUUGCAUGACCAGGGUGUGCAGCAUCACUCUCCUGACGCUGACCCCGACGUAGCGAUGUCAGCUGCACCUGGUCCGUCACACGAGUUUGAGUUUGACCAUGAGAUCGAUGACGACUUUGAUCCAGUUUUUCCUUCUGAUUUCAAUCCUGAUCAUAAGAUCAAGUUUAUUCAUAUGGACCAGCCCUUAGAGGCGCCCCCUGUUGUUGCUCCUGAUCCUGCACCCGAGCCCGACCCUGUUCUUGAUGAUGCACCAGCCUUUGCACCACCCAUUGCUGACCUUCCCAUUGUUGCACCACCAGUGGUGGAUGAUCCUAUUGUUGAUGCACCUUUGCCUGAUCCCGUGCCGGUAUUGGUUGACCGUGCACCUUUCGCCACUCACAUAGAUCCUCGUUAUGCUGACACCCGUAACGGGUUGAUCGAGAUGAUGACAACUACCCACCGUUUGUACUACCCGUCACCUCUCCCGUAG